AUGCUGCUGAGCCCAGUCACCUCCACCCCCUUCUCGGUCAAGGACAUCCUGCGACUGGAGCGCGAGCGGAGCUGCCCCGCGGCUUCGCCAAAUCCGGGGGUGCGGAAGAGCCCGGAAAACUUUCAGUACCUGAGAAUGGACCCAGAGCCGCGAGGGCCAGAGGUUCACAACGCUGGUGGCGGCGGCGGUGACAGAAAGCUGGACGGUUCGGAGCCUCCUGGGGGUCCCUGUGAGGCAGUCUUGGAGAUGGACGCGGAACGGAUGGGGGAGCCACAGCCCGGCCUAAGCGCGCCCUCGCCCCUCGGCGGCGGGACCAGGGUGCCAGAGCGCGGCGUUGGCAACAGCGGCGACAGCGUGCGGGGUGGCCGCUCUGAGCAGCCCAAGGCGCGGCAACGACGGAAGCCGCGCGUGCUCUUUUCGCAGACGCAGGUGCUGGCCCUGGAGCGGCGCUUCAAGCAGCAGCGGUACCUGUCAGCGCCCGAGCGUGAGCACCUGGCCAGCGCGCUACAGCUCACGUCCACGCAGGUCAAGAUCUGGUUCCAGAACCGACGCUACAAAUGCAAGAGACAGCGCCAGGACAAGUCGCUGGAACUGGCCGGCCACCCUCUAACGCCGCGCCGAGUGGCGGUGCCCGUCCUGGUGCGCGAUGGCAAGCCCUGCCUGGGCCCCGGGCCCGGUGCACCUGCCUUCCCCAGCCCCUACGGUGCCGCAGUGUCGCCCUAUUCUUGCUACGGAGGCUACACCGGAGCACCCUACGGCUCAGGCUACGGCAGCUGCUACGCGGGUGCGCCCUCGGGUCCUGCGCCUCACACACCACUGGCCAGCGCGGGCUUCGGACACGGUGGCCAGAAUGCCACCCCGCAGGGCCAUCUGGCAGCCACGCUGCAGGGCGUCAGGGCCUGGUGA